AAGAACAUUGUGAACAAAUUAUAUGCAACACCUGUACUUAAAAAUAAUAUCCUUUUACUUGAAUGAAAGAUGUGGGGAGGCUUGAAUUUAUUGCAUCACUAUGAAGGUUUUACUAUGGCUGAGUUGGCCUGUUAUACUUAUUUAAAUGCAUUUUAAUGCAGCAAGCAACUAAACCUAUGUAGCUGGUGGAAGUUCUGAUUCAACUAUGCAUGAGAUGUAUGCCUCAAAUGUGAAUGUAACUGGCUUGUGUCGUACGUCUCAAUUAAAAGUUGCAGAUUUUUCAUAUAACUUCUUUGUUGGGAGCUUACCCAAAUGUUUGCAUGUUCCAAGAUCAAGCUUUCAAGGGAAUUGCCCUCAGAUUAAAGACAUAAAGCAGCGGACUUCUGUACAAUAUGCAAAGAUUAUGCUAAUUAUUAAGAAUGAGCAUUUACUUUUAGGCGCCCUCCUCGUAGCUAAAUCAUUGGCAUUGGAGGGGGUUUCUCUUUUUAUGGAGAAAAUGUUCCCAGAGUGGCUUGCAAUAAUCAUAUCAGCUACCCUUUUAGGUAUCAUUGCUAAGAUUAUCCCUCAAGUAUUGUGCUCUAGAUAUGGUUUGAGUGUUGCGGCAACCGUGACUCUCUUUGUGAAAGUACUUCUGUUGAUUUUCUUCCUCAUUGCAUAUCCAAUUAGUAAGGUGUUGGAUUGGCUUUUUGGCAAGGGGCAUAGUGCACUUCUAGGAAGAGAAGAGCUCAAGACUUUGGUUCAUUUACAUUCCAAUGAGGCAGGUAAAGGGGGAGAGUUGUCACUUCAUGAAGCUACAAUAAUUGCUGGAGCAUUAGACUUAACAUUGAAGACUGUUAAAGAUGCCAUGACACCAAUAAGUGAAAUAUUUUCUCUUGACAUUAACUCCAAUUCAAUAUUAGGUGAAACUUGGCCACUAUAUGAGAUUCUGAAUCAAUUUCAAAAGGGUCAAAGCCAUAUGGCUGUUGCCAUCAAGGGUGAAGUGAACAUCAAAGAUGCUGCAACUUAUUCACAUGGACUUCACGCCUUUGAAAUGGUAGAUUAUACUAGUAUCUCAACUGAUGCAUCAAAUUUGACCUCACAAGAAACAGAAUAUUAUAGUGCAACACUAAAGAAUGCCAUGAAGCUAGAGGGUGACUCGGAUGCAUUGCGCACAAGAUCACAACACGAAAGCAAAGCAAAUGUAUCAUUUGAGAAAUCAACAAAUGAUAGUGAAGCAAGUUCUAAAUGGUUAUCUAAGGAUGAUGACAAUCAAGGUGACAAGGUUGCUGCCUUCCCUGUUUUGAAUGAAUUCAUGUCUGACUCUAACAAAUCCUUGUUUACUUUACUUUGAAUAUUUUGUAUUAUUAGUAGAUUGUAAUUUAAACGAAUAUAAGUCUGAGUUUAGUUAUUUAUCUUGUCUUGAGUCUUUA